UAUCAAUCGGGUAAGGUUCGACUCAUUCGGACGUCUCUUCCUCCAGUGACGGCCGGCUAUCAAUAUCAAUCGGGUGUGGUUCGACUCAUUCGGACGUUUCUUCCUCCAGUGACGGCCGGCUAUCAACGUAAAGGAGCUGGAGGUAUCUUCAAGUUGCAUAACAAGCAUCGUAAGGGAGCUGCUCAGCUGCGACCUCUUGACUAUGCUGAGCGUCACGGCUAUAUCCGUGGUGUCGUCAAGGACAUCAUCCACGAUCCUGGACGUGGUGCCCCUCUGGCCAUCAUUGCUUUCCGCGAUCCUGCAAGCUCGAAAGCUAGCGUUCAAGUUGGAAAGAUCGUACCUGUUGAAAGCCUCCCAGAAGGAACCACCAUCUACAAUAGAAAGCUGACAAAAUGCUCUGGUAACUACGCAACCGUGAUCGCCUACAAUCCCGAGACCAAGAAGACCCGUAUUCGUCUCCCUUCUGGAGCGAAGAUCAUCCAGUCAGCCAACCGUGCCAUGAUUGGAUUGGUUGCUGGUGGUGGUCGUACUGAUGAGCCUAUGCUCAAGGCUGAACGUGCCUACCAUAAUAAGGCCAAGAGAAACAGUUGGCCACGAGUAAGAGGUGUUGCCAUGAACCCCGUUGAGCUUCCCCACGGAGGAGGUAACCAUCAACAUAUUGGUCAUCCCUCAACGGUCCGAAGAGACGCAUAUGCAGGGAAGAAGGUCGGUCUCAUCGCUGCCCGUCGUACUGGAAGGAUUCGUGAAGGAAAGCCACUCAAGGAGGAGGCUGUUUCCGACAAUACAAUGAAGGCUCUGAUCCUUAUGAUGCUUCUAGCCUCAUCGAGCUAUUGCAAAAAGUGCGUAAAGAGCGGUUGCUCAAAAUGCACUGAAGCUUACACAGAUAUGAAGAAAUGGACAGACAAUAAGUGGGAUUGG